AUGGCUGCAGAAACCAUUCUGAUCCCAGUUGCCAAACAAGUCCUUUCCAAGGCAUCCGACUUGGCCUUGGAGCAGAUUGGGCUCCUCCGCAGUUUCAAACCAGAGCUCCGAAAGCUGAAGGACACCGUCUCCACAAUCCAGGCGGUGCUCCAUGACGCACAAGAGAAGCAGUUCCACAAUCGUCAAGUUAGAGAUUGGCUCGAGAAGCUCUCCGACGUCAUGUACGAUGCCGACGACAUACUUGAUGAUCUCGCUACCGAGGCUCGCCGGAAGGCCGUGCUAGCAACAACAGAUGAGGAUGAUGAUGGCAGAGGAACGACGAAGUCAACUACUACUACCUGUUGGAGUUUGGUAUGCUUCCUGUUCUCCUCACUUCCCAAAGAAUUAUUGUAUGAACUGGAGAUGGCUCGUGCCAUCAAGGCUAUUAGGGAGAAGCUUGAUGCUAUAUCCAAAGACAAGGAGACCUUGCAUCUGGAAGUUCACACUACCGAGGCUGAAGCUUUUCUUUCCAGGGAGACUGAUUCCUGCCCACCAACAAUUGUGGUUGGGAGGGAAGAUGACAAGCAGAAUAUCAUCAAGCUACUGCUGAGUUCCAAUCAUGAAGCCACCAUUUCGGUCGUGACCAUUGUUGGGAUGGGUGGAUUAGGGAAGACCACUCUUGCUCAACUUGUAUUUGAUGACGAUCAAGUCAAUGAUCACUUUGAUAUCAAAGCUUGGGUAUAUGUUUCUCAGAGAUUUGAUGUCAAAGUGAUUCUCAGAAAGAUGCUGCGAUCGAUAGAUUGUCGAAUUGAGGCGGAUUCUGAGUUGGACGACUUGCAAGCUAAAUUUCGUGAAAAAAUCAAAGGCAGGAGGUUUCUGUUUGUAUUAGAUGAUGUUUGGGAGGAGAGCAACCCAAAUUGGGAGACUUUGGGGAAGUAUUUGACAAAGGGUGAGCCUGGAAGCAAAGUGCUGGUGACUACUCGAUCCACUAAAGUGGCGGAGGUCAGUGGUGGAGCUCUAAGGUCGGAAGCAUGUACAAGCAUAGUAGAGCCUUAUCACUUGAAAGGAUUGUCAGAGGAAGAGUCUUGGAAUCUAUUGGUGAGAAAAGCUCUCCCCAGAGAAGUCCUGCGAGACCCACAAGUACAAGAAAUUGGUAAGCAAAUAUUGGAGAAAUGUGAUGGAGUUCCUCUCGCUGUGAGCGCCAUAGCCAGCGUGUUAGCAGAUUCAAAAGAUCCAAAGACCGAGUGGCCGUCUUUUCUACAAAAGGGACUUUCGAGCAUUUUGAAAGGAGAAGAAGAUCCUAUUAUGUCAGUGCUGCUACUCAGCUUCAACCAUCUCCCUUCCUAUAUGAAAAACUGCUUUAUUUACUGUAAGCUGUUUCCGAAGGGUUAUGAAUUCGACAUUAAGAUGUUGGUUCAGUUUUGGGUGAUACACAAGUACAUUGAGACGGAAGAUGAAGGCUUUGACUGUUUCAAAACGUUGUGGGGGAGAUCAUUCUUCCAGGAGGUGGUUAUGGAUGAUUUGGGAAACAUGUCCACAUGCAGAAUGCAUGAUCUGAUGCACGACUUAGUUGAUUCAAUGGGCGGAGAAAAGAUCAUGAGAAGUUCUGAUUCGAUUUGUCUCGAAAAUAUAUCCUUGACAACUUGUCACCUGGCAAUAACUGGUGACCGUAAUGAUGGCUCGAGAGAAGAUUAUUAUGGUGAUCAUGAACCAGGGAAUCCAUGCAAGGUACGGACUCUCAUAUGUUUGAAAAAUCUUUCAAACAAAGAACUCAAGCAAAUCUGUAGAAACUUUUUACGUUUGCGAGUACUGGUGAUCAUUGAAGGUUCGAACUCAGAAUGUAAUGCUUCGUCCUUGGAUGCUUCAUUGAUAUUGAGUUCUGUUCAUAAGUUGAAGCAUCUGAGAUAUCUUGGUCUUGGUGGUUCUGGUGGGGAAAAGAUCCCAAACUCGGUUGCUACAUUAGUUAACAUGCAAGUGCUUAAACUCGUCGAUUUCUGGAGACUAAAAGAACUGCCAAGGGACAUUAAGACACUUGUUAAUUUGAAGCAUCUUGAGCUCGAUUCAGAGUAUGUGGUGUUGAACCAUGUUCCAAAAGGGAUUGGGGAGUUGAAGUUUCUGCAAACGCUAUCCACUUUUGUAGUUGGGAAGACGGUAGGGGCCGGGUUGGAUGAGUUGAAAGGAUUGAAUGCAUUGAGUGGAAAGUUGACCAUCGAAGGCUUGGCUCAUGCGAACACUCCGAGAGAAGGUGUUUAUGUGUUGAAAGAGAAGUUGUAUCUUCAGUCACUUGUUUUAGAUUGGGGCCGAGAUUGUGACAGAGAUGUUGAUGGUGUUACUCUCUUGUCCACUCGGGAUGAGGGGAUGUUGGAAAUGCUAUGGCCACACUCUAACUUGAAAAGCUUGAUGAUACGUGGUGGUGGUGUUUACCAAGGUGCGAAGCUUCCCAACUGGUUGUCUGGCCUCACAAGUUUGGUUGAGUUCUCAUUGAUAGACUGCAAGCGAUUCGAGUACCUGCCGCAACUGCAUCAAAUGUUUAGUUUGAUUAAGCUUACAAUUCAAAAUUGUCCACUAUUGAAGGGCAUCAGUCAUGAUGGUGAUGGUGGUGUUUACCAAGGCGCGAAGCUUCCCAACUGGUUGUCUGGCCUCGCAAAUUUGGUUGAGUUCUCAUGGAUAGAUUGCAAGCGAUGCGAGUACCUGCCGCAACUGCAUCAAAUGUCUAGUUUGAAGAAGCUUACAAUUAAAAAAUGUCCACUACUAAAGGACAUCAGUCAUGAUGGUGGUAGUGGUGUUUACCAAAGCGCGAAGCUUCCCAGCUGGUUGUCUGGCCUUGCAAAUUUGGUUGAGUUCUCAUUGAUAGACUGCAAGCGAUGCGAGUACAUGCCGCAACUGCAUCAAAUGUCUAGUUUGAAGAAGCUUACAAUUCAAAAUUGUCCACUAUUGAAGGGCAUCAGUCAUGAUGGUUAUCAUGGUGAUUAUAAUUCUAUGGAAAACUCGGCAACAAAGGAAGAGGAUGACAAUUGGCCUCGGUUUCAUUGUCUUUCUAGCUUAUGCAUUAAGGGUUGCCCAAUGCUAACUCGGCUCCCCACUUUCCCUACCCUUGAAGGUGAGUUGCAGUUGGACAAUGUGAGCUUGGCACCAUUUGCUAGGACCAUAAAGAUGAAGAUGAGAAGAGGAGGUGUCGAUUAUUUGGAAGGAUAUUCAUAUGAUGAUACAAAUAUCCAUCCUCUUCUUCCUCCUCCUUCUGCUUCUUCUUCUUCAGCAUUGAUUCACCCCCUAUCGAACCUGACCAAGCUCGCCUUAUCUGAUAUGGACGAUGAUCUCGAAUCGCUAUCCCAUCAUGAUUUCAAAAACUGUCUCAUCUCUAUUCAGGACCUGACCAUUGAGCAGUGUGGUCGAGGCGUGAAGCUACCUGGUUCAUUGUGUUCCAGCAUAUACCUAAUAGAUAUUGCUCUAUUCCGUUGCAAAAUGGUAGAGUACCUCCCACCUCUACAUGAACUGCCAUCUUUGAAGAUGCUAACUAUCGCUGAUUGUCCGAAUCUGAAGGGAUGCUGGUGGAAGAAGCAGCAGGGGAAUAACGACGAGAGCAGUUACCAUGAUUACUAUAACUUUGAUCCUUCAAUGGAAGAGGAGGAAGUGGUAAAGGAAGGCGAGGAGGCGACGGAGGAGGAUUGGCCUCAUUUCCUCCGUCUCUCCUACUUGAGUAUCCGCUGCUGCCCAAAGCUAACCCGGAUACCUCUGUUUCCAACUCUUGAAGGUGGGUUGUUACUGGAAAAAACCAGCGGUCAGGCACUAGUGCGGACAAUGAAGAUGAAAGCAGUAGUGGUUGCAGCUGUUCCUCAUCAUCAUGUGGAUUCUCAACAGCAUUCUGCUACUACAGCUACCACCACCACCACAUCUCCCUCUUCUUCUUUGAGGACUGCCCUUGUCGCUCCGCUAUCCAAGUUGAAGGAAAUGAUCAUUGCCGGCAUCGAUGACUUGGAAUCCCUACCAGAAGAAGGCAUCUGCAACCUCACUUCUCUCCAAGAGUUUGUGAUAUGGGAAUGUCCUAGAUUAGCAUCUCUACCUCCAGCGAUGCGACACCUCACCUCUUUACCAUCAUUACGUGUUAAUGAUUGUGAAAAGUUAACAGAGAGAUGCAAGGAGGAAGAUUGGCCAAACAUUUCUCACAUCCCAUACAUACUACUCAACUACAAGGAACUCCAAAAUUUAGGUACAGAGGUUUUUCUUUUUAGCUCUGCUAUUUACUAUGCAAUUCAAUCCUUGCUGACAAAGUUGAGUUUUUUUCCCCCCAGCUGCAUGGACCGAAGGGCAACGAUGAUCGAGGCAGCACGUUGCUAUGCACUUCCACUAUUGUAG